AUGACUGGGAAUCUCUAUUCCGUUCCCAACCGCCCUGCGCAUCUCCAGCCGCAUGGUGCCUCACGCAACAGCCGAUCUGGAACUGAUGCCGAUGCCCUUGAGCGGUUCAAAAUUAGAGAGAUCUGUGAGGGAUACCCGUUAUACCGGGAUGUCUCCGAAUGGGAAAAUUUCCGAUCCCUCUUCCACGACGACGCGUAUGUUGCCACGUCUAUGUCUGAGGGCCGCAUCGUCGAUCACAUUGCAUUGAUGCAAGGCCACAAGGAAAACUUCCCGUUCUACGUCAUACAUCACGUUCUUGGCCAAUCAGUCGAAGUACAGAACAAUCGUGCUGCGAGUCAGAUGAAGGUAUUCAUCGUCAUUCGCCAGGACAUUGACGGCGUGGAAGUGGAUUGCGAAGUUGCAGCUCGCAUGUUCUUUCUUCUCGAGAAAAGAAGCGGACACUGGGGAAUCUCUUUCUUUACUGUUCUUUACGAAUCGGACAAGGUGAUCCCCGUCAAUCCAUCCAAUGGCAGCGUCGAUAUUCCCGAGGAAGAGACAAGACAAUUUCCAUCUUCAGGAACUGAUCUGUUCAUAAUGCAAAGUGGAUAUCGAUACCUUUGCUGGUGUGAGGCAAAACUGGGAUUCAAGCCCAAGCUGGAUCUCAAUAGCCAUGGACCGGAGCGCGACAUCCUUUAUGCCAAGGUCAAGGAUUGGUUAGAAGGGAGAAAAGUCCAACCUAACUUGACUGGCACUGAUACUGUUGAUUUCUGA